AUGCGUACAUCAUCUGCUAUCACCAGCACUGCAGCUGCAGUAGCUGCCUUCUCGGGUCUUGCAUCUGCUUUCACCGCCAGCGCAAAGACCAACGUCGUCACAUACUGGGGACAGGGUCCCAACCAAGGUAGUCUUCAGGAUGUCUGCAAGAACCCCAACGUCGACAUCGUCAGCAUUGGCUUCAUCAAUGUCUUCCCUGACCAAGGAGCUGGUGGCUGGCCUGGCUCAAACUUCGGCAAUGCUUGUGGCAGCGAGACCUACACUUACAAUGGCACAAAAACUCAGCUCUACUCCAACUGCCCCGAUAUUGGUACCGACAUCGCUAUCUGUCAACAACUCUAUGGCAAGAAGGUUCUUCUUUCAAUCGGUGGUGGAUACCCUACAAACUACUUUAUCAAGAACGACGCUAGUGCUGUGAACUUCGCCGAGUUCCUUUGGGGUGCUUUCGGACCUGUCAAGAGCGAGUGGACCUCGACUGGUGGCCCUCGUCCUUUCGGCACUGCUGUUGUCGAUGGUUUCGAUUUCGAUAUUGAGAGCGAGCUCUCAUCCGCUCCUGUCGUUGACGGCAGAGCUCUCACCAACUACAAGACCAACGGCUACGUCAAGAUGAUCACUACCUUCAAGAACACUCUCUACCCCCAGGAUUCUAUGAAGCCUUACUACAUCUCUGGUGCUCCUCAAUGCAUCGUUCCCGAUGCUCACUUUGCCAGUGUUGUCGAGAAUGCUUGGUUCGAUUUCCUCUUCAUCCAGUACUACAACACUGCUGCUUGCUCUGCUCGCCAGGCUAUCUCUUCUGGCACCUUCAAGGGUUACAACGACUGGACUGGCGUUCAGUCUAAGAACGCUGACAUCAAGCUCUACGUUGGUCUUCCUGGAAGCACUGCCGCCGCGAGCGAUGCUAGCUACUAUCUGCAGCCUUCUGAGGUCAAGACCCUUAUCAGCAAGGUUUACAGCAACGCCAGAUUCGGUGGUAUCAUGGUCUGGGAGUCUACUUACGCUGGCAACAAUGUCAUUUGCAACAGAAACUAC